AUGACCAAACGGAGAGCAGAGAACAUUUUGCCUCCCGAAAUCCCUCAUAAAAGAUGUUUUCGUUCUCUCUCCGACAACGAAAAACCGGUCGGAGGCGUGAACGUGAUCCAAAACGCAAUUCCAUCCUCGUUAUUAACGCUGGCUGGACAACACUGCAGGAAAAGACCGAGCUAUCUCGAAGAUUCACCGGAUACAGAUAACCUACCGAGAAAGGUGGCUGCAAACAGGGUUAAUUCAGUGCUGGCAGACAGGAACACGUGCAAGUCUAGAACAUUCGAGGAUGGUGCUGGUAGACCUGUGACGCGACGGUCAUCUCGCGCGCUUCAGACGCAAUCAAAUAAACAGACAGACGAAGAAAAUAACAUUACUGCAGGAGACAAGGUGAUGCACACCGAUGAGGACCUCUCUCCGUUCAAUUCCUUCCAGUUCUGGCGGGUUCCACUGCCUGAGUUGGAUCUCUCUCUCCUGGAGACUGAACCCUCAGCUGGGUCCCACAUAGCCUCUUCCACCAAAGACUUGGAGGCGAUGGAAACAUGAGGAGAUCCCCAAUACACAGUGACAUUCUUGUUAAGAUGUUGUCUAGGUGUUGCCAAAUUACCUGACUGGAUGUGACGAGAUGAUUCCCCCUAGUCUGCACUAGAUGAUGAACAUAUAAACAAAGCCUUGUGCUGUGAACAGUGUGAAGGCCUCCGGCAGAAGCUUCCAUUCUGGUAGAAACACAUGAUGGUCACAUGACCUCAUAUUCCUGUUUUACAGAGGUCAAGUGUUCAGAAGUGUGUAAGCAUAUUGGACUAAUUGUGUGUUGGGUUUUUUUUUUUUUUUUUUUUAAUUUCAGUAUAGCUGUGAAAGCAAGUGUAUGUUCUUUUGCUUGAACUGAGCCUGAUUUUUUUUUUAUGUUUAUGGUGUUCAGAGGGUAUUAGCCACUUUUAUUCUUUAGGUGUUUCGUUUUUGUAAACUUUAGGUCCUUGUUCUUUUUCUCUCAACAGCAUUAUUAUUUUGACAACAGUAUGUGGUACUUCCGAUCUUAGUACAUACAGCAAGUGCUUUGAAUGUUCCAGUGGCAUAGUUGCAGUGUUUUUGAAAUUGCUCAAUAGCAAUAAAAUGUAUUUUUAAAUACUGAUAUUGGCUUGCAAUAUCCUUGGUGAACUGUCUGGUUUCAUAAUUCCUUUUAAGAGGUGAAGAACUGUGAAAUACAGUGUGUGAUUUGUGAAACAUACCUACCUCCACGCUGUUGUGUCAGGUGCUCGUGACCUUUGGUCUAGGAGGGAAUAAGGGCUGAUUACAUGCCAACUUUAUCAGGAGAUUACAUCGCCCAGUGAUCAGCAUGUAGAGAUAGUCCUACUCAUCUGCUAAGCUAAAAUAAGCAUGCAAGUAAAAUGCUGCAUUGGUAAGCCAAGUUUUGAUACUUUGUCCUAUUUGGGUGCUCCUCUGGGACUAUGUUGAAAUGGGAUGUACAUGAAAAAUUAAAAUAAUGUACAGUUUUGUUAGAACUUAAUCAAAUGUAACUCAGUAAUUCAGAGACAUGCUUUAACCUCAAGAACAAUGAAGACGUGAAAAAAUUUAUUUAUUUUUUGGUUGACCUAUACAGUAGAAAUAAAAUCAGAAAUGGAACCAUGUGAGAAUCAAGCUCCACGUCUCUGAUGACAGGUUAGAAUUUUUUUUGUAAUUAUUACAUAUUUAAUUUUAAUAUAUUUGUAUAUAUGCCGGUAAAGAAUGUUACUGCUAUGUAAAGUGGAAAAACUGAUCAUUUUUUUAAUGCAUUACUUUUGAGUGAAAAUAAAUUUGAGUUAU